AUAUUUCAAGCUCUCGUUGACCAUAUGUUCUAAUGUUUCAGUUUUUAGUCAAUCUUGUUGUUCACGGCCUCCUCUGAUGAGGUUCAAUGUCGACAAUUUGAGCAAGUUUUUGGUUGUAUUUGUGAGUACCUGUAUCAUCAAAAUAACACAAGUAAGUCAUUUGCUCAACUCCCCCAGGUUUAAGAUGGGUACCUCGCAGGUGCGAUUCAGAAGGAAAACAACUUCACGAGUUUGUGUUUUUCUAAUGAGCAGAUUUACUUGGGCGACUUGAGAGGAGUUGUUCAGCUCAUGUUGGGAUAAACUUUUACACCAUUCUCUGUAUCUACCCCAAGUGCUUUUCUAGUCACAAUGCGCUACAGCGAAAGCUAGCUCAAUGGGAAGCACGCUUAUUUGCGCAGUUAAUACAACCACCUUCGAUCGUGUGAAUCAUUAUGAUAACUAUGGACUGAAUCCUCUCUAUCUAGCUAGCAAAGCUCAUUGCUACUAUAUGAUCUUUGGCUUCACACCAGUGAACUAUUUGGGUAUUCGUGCGACAUUUGACGAGUAGUGGUAGUUCUGGAUCCACCUAUAUGAGCAAGUAGAGAAAUUUAGUAGCUUCUUCAUUGGUAGACUGACUUGACAGUCAGUCAGUGGUAACCGAUCGGACCAGUUGAGAAGAAAAAGCUUAAUGGUAAAACCCUCGUCGCGAGUUACUGUACCCGGGUCGGAAGUAUUGUUUUGGAGAUAAUUUUGCAAACAAGUCAUACAUGAAUGUCAAUCUGAAAUCCAACUGCAUGAUGAUCAAUGUGUUGCCAUGAGGUGAAAUAGUUUUGUGCUGAUGAAGGGUUGUUAAAUGUGUGUUGGGAGGUGGGCCCCGUUUAGCAUUAAAUUGUGUGAUGCGCGAAAGCUGUCACGUCAGCUAGUGCUAUUACACAGUGAACCUGUAGUGUAGUGUCGGAAGUUGGGAUCGUCAUCAAAAACAGUACCAGUUUACUAUAUCAACUACUAGUACAAUGUUGGCUGUAGUGGUGCCUUGUGUGUCAAGUGCAAAGAAAAUGUGUAAACAGCUAACUCAAACAAUUGACCGCUAGCCAUUUGAUUAAAUCGUUUACAACUCUCGGCGUCGGAUGAUGGUAGAAAGCGUCGAGUGAUCAAGCGGCUUCAGGCGCCAUGCACAAAUUAUGUCACGCUUCUAGGGGGGCUAAGGAGGUUCUAAAUAUGAUGACCCCAGGAGGGCUGGUUUGAAACCAAUGAACACUUUUGAGGAAGGCAUUCGUUCAUCAAAAGAAAGAUUAAACAAAAUUGCACUCAUGAGUAGUAGGAAGGUUUACGAAAAAUGCUACAUAAUUUUUAAAGUAAGGCUUCAAAAUGUCUGACCAACGGUGACAGUUCCAUUCUUUAACAUUUUCGCGUAACACAAUUUGUGUAUGAAGCCUUGAAGAGUUUUAAAGUGAACGAUCAAGGUGACAAGUUGCCUGGAGGUGAUAAUGCCACUGUGCCCAAAAAAUUGCAAGCAACAUAAAGGCUCAUGUGAAUGAUCGAUUAUCGUUGAAUAAGUUGGGAACUGAAAACACGCGCAAUACAGCACAAUUCAUUCGGAAGCGAUUACGAAGAGCAAUACAUGCAUUGAUGAAUGUCUCAUCAACGAUGGAUAUUGAUAUUCCGCCAUGUCCUAAAAAUUAUACCGUAGCAGAAUCAUAAGAGUUCAGUGUGGUGCUUGAGGGGGCGUAUGGGUGUGUGUGAUAACUAUUUACCGGAUCGCAUUUUUAUCGAAUGUUCGUUUCGAAUGACAUCAUUACCCGUAGUUCAAACCGAGCUAAGCCAGCCCGAUACGCAAAGUAGUAAAUAUAGGCAGUGUCCGCGUUCGUAAACUUUGCACUGGAAUCUCUCAUAGACUCUUCCUCAUCCAUCCACCAAAACAAAAUCACACAAAACUUAAAUUUUGAAAAUAUUGUUGUUGUCACAAGCGCUAAAUCAAGAUGGAGAAUAAUGACAUUCCGAACAGUACCAACAACAAUAAUAACAAUAACGGUCAAGAAUCGCGAAAUAAUGGAAACUACACAUUCGGAACCAUUUUGGAAAGCAGUACCAGUAUAUCCAGCAACAAUAAUUCAUCACCAGCAACCAUUAUGUCAAGUAGGAGUUCUGUGCACAGUCGCUCUUCCUCAUACCACAUGCAACAUUUAAAAAGUGCAUAUGGAGCAUCCGAGGAAAUGUUGGAAACGGAGAAGGCGAGUCUCGUAGAACGUGUGAACGAUUUGGAACGAAUAGUGUUAGAGCAAAAAGAUGAAAUUGUUUGCCUUAAAUCGACACUUGCAGAUGUACUGCGGCGGCUUAAUACAAUUGACAACAGUCAUGAUAAUGGUAAAAUGAUGGAGGGUGGCUCGCCGAGUAGUUCGGUCAUGUCUAGCAAGAGCUAUCGAUUUUCACGUAAUACCGUCACUAGACUGAACUCAAGCGUUGAAGAGAAACGCUUUGGGCGCGUGCCAUCCCGGGUCACAAAUUCACCGUCCCGCAACAUGUCUACCUCUAAGGCAAGCAGCUUAGCUCAGAAGGCGAUUCACCAUUCCAAUGGAUCAUUGCAUUCCGAUUCCAUGAGCAGUCACUCGAUAUCACCAGCACCGUCACCCUCGCCGAGACAGCCUAAUAUACAGAAUUUGGCAGCUUCGUCAGCAGGAAUCGGAGCAAGCAUGGGUCCCGCGGGUGCCGCCGUUGGUGGCAUGGGAAAACGGUGGAGUUCGACUGGCGAUUUCGUCAGUGGUUCGCCUGGGCCGAUGGUCAACAGUACAAGCAAUAGCAUUUCGCGUUUCUCCACCAAAUCACUACUGAACUUGAACAGUACUGUAUCGGGUAGUGGGUCCAAACAGACCCAUACCCAUGCAUUCGUUCAACGUAAAGACGACGAUGAACACUUGAAGUUAUAUAUUAACGGCCGCCCAAUUGUGUUGCAUAUACCGACCGCUCAAAUUAAUUCUUACGAAAUGACGAAAGUUCAGCCAGCUCCGAACCGACGCCUCCGUUUAGAUUGGGUUUACGGAUACCGAGGUAAAGACUGCCGAUCCAAUCUCUACCAGUUGCCAACGGGUGAAAUGGUAUAUUUUGUGGCAGCCGUUGUUAUACUUUACAACAUGGACGAGCAGUCACAACGACACUAUGUAGGCCACACAGACGAUGUCAAAAGUCUAGCAGUGCAUCCGAACAAACUGCUCGUAGCAACAGGACAGUGUGGAGGUCAUGAUAGUCGCGAAACGUGGCCGCAUGUGCGUGUAUGGAAUUCAGUUUCAUUGGCAACGCUUAAUGUGAUCGGAAUGGGAGAUUUCACCGGAGCAAUUAACUGUCUAUCGUUUAGUAGGGCAGACAAUGGAACCAUUUUAGCGGCAAUAGAUGAUUCACCCGACAAAAUUAUAUCGAUUUGGGAUUGGCAGAAAAAGGAGAAUGGCAAACGAAUCACUGAAACGAAAUGUUCCGUCGAUACAAUCGUGGCUGUUGAGUUUCAUCCGCUGGACAAGGGACAGAUUAUCACAAUUGGAAAAAAUCAUAUUGCCUUCUGGUCUCUGGAUCAAAAUGGAAUGCUGUAUAAAAGGAUGGGUGUUUUCGAAAACCGGGAAAAGCCUAAAUACGUUACCACAAUCACUUUUACUCCUACCGGAGAUGUGGUAACUGGAGAUUCCAAUGGAAAUAUUUCCAUUUGGGCACGUGGGACGAACGUGAUAAAUAGAUUCCUUAAAAAAGUUCAUGAAGGCUCAAUAUUUUCAAUCUGUUCAUUACGCAAUGGUGGUUUCGUUUCCGGUGGAAAAGAUGGUCGACUAGUCUUACUGGAUGAUCUUAUGCGGCUUAAAGCGGAACAACUUGUCGAGGCACAUUUUGGGGCAGUACGCAUUGUGGCGCAGGGCAAAGGAUCACAACUUCUGAUUGGAACUACCAAAAACUGCAUUCUGUCGGGUGACUUCACACUCGGACUGGUCCCAAUCGUUAUGGGCCAUACGGAUAUACUAUGGUCUCUUGCAGCACAUCCUCAGGUCGCACAAUUUGUUACGGGAGGCCGGGAUCGCCUGUUACAACUAUGGGAUUCCUUGUCGCAUUCUGUCGUUUGGAGUAAGGAUAUCGGAGAACCGAUACAGUCUGUUCAAUUUUCGAACAUUGGCGAUGCUAUCAUUGUCGGAGGAGUUAGUGGUCGAUGGAUGGUGUUUGAUACAGUAACGAGGGAGCUACUGGCAGUCUACCAGGAUGGACAAGACAUUAUUCAAACAAUCAAGUUUUCUCCUGACGGAAAUCUUCUCGCACUUGGAUCAAAAGAUAGCUACAUAUAUAUCUAUCAGUGUACUAAAGUUAUGCAUCGGUUCUCGAAAAUUGGAAAAUGCAGUGGCCACUCGAGUUAUAUAUCGCACAUGGACUGGUCCAAGGACAGCCAAGUUUUAAGAUCAAAUUCCGGAGACUACGAACUACUGUACUGGAAUCCAACGCUCUGUCGCCAAAUCACAAACCAGGCAACUGUUCGAAAUCUUGAGUGGGCCACUCAGUCUUGUACGGUCUGCUUCGAGACAGUUGGUAUUUGGCCAGAAAAUUUUGAUGGAACGGACAUCAAUAGUGUGGGCAAGGACAGCAGUGAGCAAUUUUUGGUUGCGGCGGACGAUACUGGAAAAAUUCGGCUUUUUAGUUAUCCUGCUUCUCAACCGAAGUCGCUUUCACAUUCAUACCGGGGUCACAGUAGUCACGUAACAUCUGUCAAAUUUAUGCACGAUGGAGUUCGACUGCUGUCGGCUGGCGGAUUCGACACAAGUGUAUUACAGUGGCGAGUCGUUUAAAAGUAUAGUUCAUCAUAGAAACGUGUGAUCAAAAGCCAACAGUAACAAAAACAUGCAACUCUAAUUGUUACACUAGUAUUUAAACUCCGAAUCUAUUUAUUAUCAUAUUUUGUGCUAAGUUAGUAGUACAUAAAUUCCAAUAUCUGUGCACCUUAAAAAUUUGAGUAACUGAGCGAUACUGUUGUUAAAUAUUAUUCUUUAUAACAAUGCAUUUUAGUAAAUACAUUUUUGAAACUUUU